AUGGAUCAAGUUAUGGAUAAGCUUUUUACUGAAACUGGUGCUGGUUUUGCUUCCGCUAAUGUUGAAAGCUUUGCUAGGAAUCUGGUUAUGGCAGCAUGUAAAGAACUGCAAUCUAAAGGAGAUUCGAACUCAAAUUUGACUCCGUGCUGGCUGAAUUUGGUGUGUGGUGAUGAGUUUAGGGAGCUGAUUGGUGAUUGUAUUCAAGUUUUUGUUAACUCUAUGGUGGGCGUUUAUCUUGAAAAGACUAAAGAUGCCAACACUUUUGAUGAGCUCUUUGCAGGGUUGACUAACCCCAACCAUGCAACACAACUGAGGAACUUGUUGAUCACUACUUCUAAUGGUGCAAUGGAGGCUCUUGUCAAAAUAUCUCAUCAAGUUUUGACACAUUCUAAUAGUUCAAAGGACUCACCUGAUGAUGUCAAUGAUGAUGAUAAUGAUGAUGAUGGGUGGGUUAGAAAAGUGUCAUCAACUUUAUCAGAGCCAAGAAAUAAGAAAUUUGUUGUUGAUAUGAGUGGAAGGAUUGCAUUCGAAAUAGUUAGAGCAUUCCUUGAAGUUUUGUUGGAGAUGGUAUGUCAAGACAUGAAAAAAUGUGUCAAGGUUGCUCAAGAAGCUGUCGUUGAAGGUGGUCUUGAGAUAGUGAGAUAUGUUAGUGCAAAGUCUUCAGUUGUUGCCACCAUAUGUCUGUCUCUGUGCUUGCACAUUCUUGGUGGUGUUUGGAUCUUGGUGCUAGCACAAGUUGUUUCACCAAGUCAUGUCAUCCUAUAG